CAGCGUGAUAAAGGUGUCAGAAGAUUUUCCAGUGAUAUAAUAAUCCUGUAUGCAGUGGUUUAUUUCAUUUUUUCCUUUGACGAAUAUCUUAAGGGUUUUUCUAUUCAGCCAUCAUGGGGGAUAACUUUAUUCAAAAAAGAGACUAUAGUUUGAAUUUAAUUGAAAGUGGAUACCCUGAAGAUGUCUGUUAAGAACUCAGUUGUGUUCUAAUAUGUAAAUGGUUAUAUAAGUACAGAUGAUCACUGAUACUGCAGGUGGUGUUUUUAAUAUAACAAACCACUCAAAUUGCCAAAGCAGGUCCCUUGCUAGUGGACUUAUUAGGCAAGUCAGGAAGUGAAAAAGACAUGUAACAGACAGACUGGGACAAGAUUGAAUCUUACACCUGUGGCAGAUGGAUUAGUUCCUGAAUUUCUCUGCUGGUGUUCUGUUUUCUGCCUCUGCACAAUUCCCUACUGCAGUAACUUAUUAACAACAGUGCCAAAACUUAUAAACUUGUAGUUAGGUGUUUGCAUUUUAAUGCAUAAAAUGCUGAGUAUUUUAAAAUGACAAUAUAGCAGAUAACUUAAAAUCUAGGAUUUCUGUUUUGUGGUGUGUAAGGUAGAUAACUUUUUAAUAAGCUUAGAAGUGUUUUGAACUUGAACAGUAUGAUCAAUAUGUGGAUUAAAGCAACUUUUAAAUUGUCUGCUCAAGCGUCACUGUGACCUCCUAAUGCUUAUUAAAUACUUAUAAAUUUAUUGGUAAUAUCCUGAAAUAUGCCUUUAAAAUAUUAACUUACCUAAUACAGUAUUUUUAUGCUAAAACAGCAAUGUUAACUUAUGGCUAUGUAAAUUAUGCAUUUCUACUGAUUUUUUCUGAAAUUUAAGAGACUCUAGUAUAUUUAAUUUAGUUAAAAUUGUUAUAUUUUCCAGGGGAUGAAGUUGUCCUAACUGCUUUAAAAGUUUGAGACACUUAUUUCACAUCAAUUAAAACUUAAAUUCACAUGAUGUUAAUUAGUGAUAAUAAAUGACCUUAAGUUUUCUCAGGUGAUAGAAGACUAAUAAAAGUUAGGUUCCUGGAAACUUUGUUAGGGUCUUUUCAGUAUAUACUGAACUUCACUACAGGUCUGCAUCUGCUACAUGUUUCCAAGUAUAAGAAUCAUAAAUUAAGCCCUACUGUAGGUAAUUUAGUAUGCUAUAUAAGCUUGACCCAGUAAAUAACUUCAUUUUUUAUUAUGCAGUUAAUUUUAUAAGCAUUAACUAGUAUUUUUACUAAAAUUAUGAAGUAUUCAUUUGAAACUUAGGUAUUUUAAAAUUAAGAAAAAACUGAAAUCGUUUUUAUUGUGCUAGUGUUUAGUAUUGUAGUUACUGCAUAAACAACACUGUUCAAAGUUAAACUUACCCAACAAUCAAUAAUGUCGAAAAGAUCUCGAAUUCAUAUUUUUGUUGGAGCGCCCACUAUUCCAAGCCAAAUGGAUGUGUCUGAAGAAAGUAGUUUAGCACCUGCUGUUGAAAAAUGGAGAGAACUCCACUGUUCAUUUGAUAUACACAGUCUUUUUUCUGAAAAAGUCAAAGCGACAGACUGUUUAAUGUUUCAGGCAGGAAGCUCCUCAGACGCAGCAGUUUCUGCAAAUGAUGAUAGCUCUCAGCAGUCUGAACAAGGGCAAUUAAUGGCAGCAGAAGAGUAUUUGUCAUCUUUUGUACCUAUGGGGGGAACUUGUGCCGGUACACCCCAAAAGACCAGAAGCUUAAUUCAUUCUGAUUGUCAAAUAUCCAGCGAUGGACAGGAACCUGCAAACAUAAAUCUGGCUGCAGAUCAACACCUUCCUCAAAAACUCGUGAAAUCAACUAGAGAAUGUAAGCAAUCACAUGACUGUUCAAACAUCACUGAAGUAAAAGACAGCCAUUUAGAAGAUAAGGGUUCUGAUAUUUCUGAUUUGGUGGCUAGUACGAAGGAGAUUAGCAUACACCUAAGGUUUGUGGAACAAGGUGUUCAAUCAGAUGACAGUAAUGAUCACCAUGAACAUCUAAGUCAAUAUCUGGAUAUGUUUUUCCCCAAAAAUCAGGAGUCAAAACCAAGAGGAAAACCAAGUGGUUGUGUAGACCUUGCAGUGUCAACUGAUACUGAAUUUCAUAGUAUAAUGACUUCAAGUCAGGUGGCUGUUUUUGCACAGAAUCACUUUAAGAACAAGAAUGAGAUGCAGAGGGCUGUACAGCUAUUAGAAACAGAAACAGGGAAUAAAUGUGAAAGAAGACCAUCUGAUCACUUUAAAUUUGAAUCUGAUGCUGGAACAUGUCUUAGUGUGGCUGAAAAUGACUGUGGGCAGGAGUAUACAAGUUCUCUUGAACUUUUCAGUUCGCAGUGUGAUGAGAAAAACACUUGCUUUGAAACUACAGGAGAAGUGAGUGCUCAUGAAAAUACAGGGAAAUCUCACGGAUCUCAUGUUCCUGCUGUGCAAUUUGAAAAUGAAAUCCAUAUUGAACCUUUGAGCUCAGGAAUACUGUGCUCUCAGGUAGAAAGUUCUCAUAAGAGCUCUUCUAAAAGAGCCCACAAUUCUGAAGAUUUUUUUCCUAUUUUCCCAUCAACAUUUAAAAGGCAGCUGAAAUCCAAGAGAGCAAAAUUGAAUUAUCCCCCAGCUGGUCCUGGAAUGAGAGCGGAUCAAGAAAGGACAGAGUUCAAGCAGUCUCAAAGGAAACUACUGUUGCCACUUAAGAACUGCUGCUGCAAAAAUCAAAAGUACAAUGUGUUGGUCACAAUAGUACAUCCCUGUCUUAUCAAAGAAAUACAGAUUAAGGCUAGACCAAAAUCUUCAUGUAAAGUGCCAGUAGCAACAAUUGUAGUUACUGACCAGUCAGAGACUGAGAGGAAGGUGGUGCUAUGGCGUGGUGCUGCGUUUUGGUCACUCACGGUGUUUCCUGGGGAUAUUGUAUUACUUACAGAUAUCAUGAUGUAUGAGAAUCUUUGGUAUGGAGAAAUCAUGCUGCAAUCUACGUUUACCAGUCAGUUACUGAAUCUGGGGAACUGCUCAGCUCUCAAUCCAGAAGAAUUUUAUCACGUAGUGGAUAGUGAUGUUCUUCAUGGCUUACUGGCAUAUGUAUCAUCAAAAUUUCCUCACUUUGGACACAUUCCACGAAGGCAAGUUCAGAGACUGAAUAGCGUUCAGUAUGCUCAGCUAGACCAGCUUCAGCCAAAUACAUUGGUUCACUUGAUCUUAAAAAUAAUCAACAUUGCCAUAUUAACAGAAUCCGUGUAUAGCUACAGAGGCGGCAACCAGAGAAAAGUUAUUCUAACAGUAGAACAGAGCAGAGACCGACACUACAGAAUGGUGCUGUGGGGAGCAGGAGCUGCCUGGUGCCCUCAGCUUCAAAGGCGAGAAGGUCAUCUAUGGGACUUUAAAUACCUUCUCGUCCAACGUAGUUCUGUCUCAGGUGACUUGGAGUUGCACACAACUCCAUGGUCAUCCUGUGAGUGUUUGUUUGAUGAUGACAAAAGGGCCAUUGAAUUUAAAGAAAAGUUUCAGAAAAGCAAAACAUCUGUCAUGAAAAUGACAAAUCUAUCAGCACAUUUGGAUGAAAAAUGCUCAGGAGUGAUUCAAGUGAAAGCCCACAUCUUAGAGCUGAAGUUCACUGUUCUAACUGGUCAAUACAGGCAACUCAUCUUCCAUGCUGACACUUCCCUGGAGUGUGUGUUGGCUUCUCUGCCUAUGAUUACAUAUUCAGGGUGUGCUAAAUGUGGCUUGGAACUACAAGCAGAUGAAAACAUGAUCUACAAGCAAUGUUUUAGAUGUUUGCCAUACAACAAAGUAAAAACAUUCUACAGGCCUGCUUUGAUGACAGUAGAAGAUAGAGGAUGUGAAAUUAAUAUUCAUGUGGUGUCUGAGUUGAUGGAAAAAAUCUUCCUCAAUAUUCCUGCCGACUGGCUGAACAGAUCAGUAGUGCCUUCCUCAGAUAUAACGUACAGCACAAUAGUAGCAGAUCUGUGUCACUCACUGCUAGCAGAUACAGAAGCAUCCUAUGUGUUGGAAAUUAAAAGCCAUUUUGUGCUAGAUGAAAACAGCUAUCCUUUGCAAAAGGAUUUCCAUCUGCUAAAUUUUCAUCCUGAUCUUUGAAGCAUUGACCUCUGCCACAACUGAAUAACACUGUAAGAAGAAGAUUGCAAGCAGAAGAAAAAGUAAUUAGCUCAAGGAAGCAAAUAUUUUUCUAAAAUACAAGAAGGAUUUUUGCAUUUAACUCUACCUCCCCUCAAAAAACACAAAAGAACUGGUAUGGAAUAUCUGCUAAUUGAAUAUACUACUGCUGUAAAACUGAUGAAUUGUCAUAAAAUGUAUUUUUAUACAUAUAUUUUUAUUUUAAUAAAGUCUUGCUGGUAUCUCAGUUUUCUACUCUCCA